AGGUUAGGUUUCCCGGAACGCUUUUUGACGCUUUCACGCUUUUUGUUCCUCGCCGGUGUUAAUAUUUUUCAAUUUUCACCAGUUGUAUCUACUUUUUUGUGCAAUUUGUAGUUCUAAAUCCGCCAAAAUGUCGUACAAAGGACCCCAGAAAGUGCAGAAGGUUAUGGUUCAACCCAUUAACUUGAUUUUCAGGUAUCUGCAAACAAGAGCUCGAGUUCAAGUAUGGCUUUACGAAAACGUUAAUUUACGGAUCGAAGGACACAUUGUUGGCUUUGAUGAAUACAUGAAUCUAGUCUUAGAUGAAGCCGAAGAACACAACAUCCACUCAAAGUCGCGGAAAACGCUGGGAAGGAUAAUGCUGAAAGGAGAAAACAUAACGUUGAUUCAAAAUCUGACACCUUGAAAUCAUGCCGAAGUAAGCUCCUCAGUAUAAAUACUUAAUCAGGAAUUAGCAAGUCUAUUUUUGUCAAUCAAAAAUUGGGCAUCGGACAGCUUUACGGUGUUGAACAUUGAUCUGGGUGCGAUCUCAUCUUUUAUAUUUUGAAGGUCUGUUCAUCUUCAGAUGACUCCAAAUUUUCUUGACUCAUUUGGACUUGCAAAUUGUGAUGUUUUUUUUGUUGUACAAAAAAUUUCUCCUUGUGAAAUACCUUGUAAGUAAGCUUUCCACUACAAAUAUUCUCCCCCUGUGAAUUACAAUGACAUCUGUUAUUUUUAGUUUUUUAUAAUUAUUCUAAGCUUUUGUUCCUCCGAUUUCACCAGUAUCCUUAUGCAUUUUCUUCAAAAUCAAUUUACUGGCUAUGUCUCGAAGAGAUCUUUUUCCCCCGUACGAUUACUGCUAUUAAUUUUUUCAAUUUACUUACGACAGCUUCUUUAAUUUCUCACUAGAAGUCGUCUCCUUAGGUACUUGUCACCUGGAACAUGAUAGAGGUGUCAUUAUUUGAUAUGACUCUCUAUCCACUUUGUAAUUUCUUUACAACCAAUCAUCUAGCCCCAGCAUUCCUGUACAUUUGUCAGCAAACAUGAGACAAGAACCAGUCAUUGCUCAAUCUCUCCUUAAGAAGAGAAACAGCUAAAAUCUAUUGAUGAUUUUUUAUUCAUGUAGCUUUCCAUGUCGUAAUUCACUCAUUUUCACAAGUCUAGCGUUCUUUUUUGAAUGUAAAAUUAAAUUACCUCAGUAAAAUAGAAUGACCCUCUUAUCACAAUGAAAUAAAAACUAAAUGUUUUUUUCUAUGUA